AUGGUACGUACAAAAAGGUUCACAAAAAGGACCAACUCGACAACGACUCAAGAACACAUUAGUACCGACUCAUUACUACCGACUCAAGAACUGAAUAGUCAACCACAUGAUUUGGUGGUCCACCAACAAGUUCCUCCUGUUCAAUCUGCACCUCAACCUGCUGCAUCUUCAACUGCGCAACCUACAGCACAACCUGCUCAAUCUGAACCACUUAGUGGUCAAUCUGAGCCAUCCAAUCGAAGAGCACGAAACCCUUCCCAAAGGACAUGCAAUAAGUAUUGGGUUGUUCAAGUGUUAGCUGAUAAUGGAGUGGCUGAUGACGAGAGAUUACGUGUGCGGGAUCUUUUGGUACUUCCACCUCAUAAGAGAGUAGUUGUCGAAUGGAAUGAAGAGAAUCAACCUGUUGGGGAGGCAGCUGGCCUAUUGGGUGGUUUUUUGGGACACAUUGCGUGCAACCCUAACAUAUUUCCUAUUAGUUAUGCAAGGUGGCCUGACGUUGAUGACAUCUACAAGACUGAUGUUUGGGUCAACACUAUUAAGAAGAGAUUCGUUAUGGAUAAUGAUGACCACUACCAUUAUUGUAUGGGCAACAUGGGUAAGAAGUGGAAAGACAAUAGGUGGAGACUAGCCAAUGAGAUAUAUCAAAAAGACAAAUCGUUUCAGGAAAACCUUGAUUUAUACCCUAAUGGCAUGACAAGGGAACAAUGGGCAAGCUUUUUGACAUAUAAAACAAGUGAGAAAGCAAAGAAGUAUAGUAUCAUCAAUACUGCAAAUAGACAGAAACAAACAAUUCCACAUACACUUGGCUCAAAGACUUUAGCAAGGAGGAAAAGGGAGCUGGAAAUACAAGAAGGACGCAAAUAUAGCAGAGGUGAGAUGUAUGUUGUUUCUCACAUAAAAAGAGAUGGCAAUUUUGUGUGUGACGAAGCUAGGCUGAAAAAUGACCAAUUACUUGCACAGAUAGAACAAGCCAAUACUGAACAAGAGGCUUUUGUACAUGUUUUUGGGAAGGAACACCCAGGUCGCGUUAGAGGCAUGGGUUUUGGGGUGGUCCCCAGCCAAAUCCGUAGAACAUCUACUAGUUUAGCCUCAACUUCUUCUACUGGUCCUACACAAGCUGAGUAUGAUGCCUUGAAAGAAGAAUUGGACACUAUAAAGGGCAAGGUGCUAGAAAUCGACACAUUGAAAGCGCAAAUGGCACUUUUUAUGCAUACUUUUGCUGGUUAG